AUGCUGAGAGAGUUGUUGGUCGUGUGUGUCUGUACGUUCGCUGGCGCUUUUGCUCAAGACUUCCAGGACCAGAACGAGACCCUGCCCAUCACCUACUACGUCCGUACGGCUGGUGAGAUCGUGACGUCAGUCCAAGAAAUCCUCAACAAGGCUCGUGAAGGCAUCUACGCCACAGAGCUGGGACAACGCCUGAAUGCAGUCAACCAAGACAUCCACCUCCAUAUACGCAUCAACGGACGAUAUUCGAAAUACAAUUCGAAACUACGAAACUACGGAUAUAGCUACGACUACAGUGUGUUAGCUUCAUAUCUGUUUGAUGACUCACUGAACAAAGAGGCGGGGUACCUCAACGGAGCAUUACUUCUGCUGGAGUCUUUGGUGAACGCCGAAAGCAACUUUGAAUUCUACCGCGUCAACCAGCCGUAUUACUAUUACGACGCCGCCAGCGCCAACGCCACCCUUCAUGUCAUGACGGCCAUCAUCGACAGCAUCACAGCCAGCGUUUCUCGUGUCGUUGGACGAGUACCAAUAGCAUCUGACCAAUCAGGAAGCUCGUACUUCAACAAAAGAUUUACGGAUGAAGAGUUACAGAAGGCCAAACGUACUACGGCCGGUAUCCCCGUGUUCAACUACUACGGCUAUUGGUUGAAGUUUGAUGACUAUAUCUACAAAUGGAGUGACAACAACUCCAUGUAAAGAUGCUGAUGUAAAGAAGCUUUUCAUUGAUCAGGCUGAUAUCAGUGAAAUAAAAUAUCACAUUUAGGAUAA